AUGCCAACACAGCUGUUACAAACGACAUUAACUGAAGCAUUAAAUCAUUUUCAAACAUUGACUGGUCGCGUCGUAGAAGAUGAACAUGGAAAUGCAAUCGCUCACUUAACAAACGAAGGUAUCUUAUUUACUGAAGCUACCUGUUCAAAAAAUUUGGAUUAUUUUUUACCCGUAAAGUCAACAUCAACAUUCGAUUAUACAAAUAUAAAUCAAACACCAUCACUUUCAACAUAUGUUUGUUGUGAUGAUUGGUCCGGUCAUUGUAUGUCGGUACAGUUAACACGUUUAGAAUGCAAGAGUGUUAUUUUAUGUGUAUCAGUAUUUCAUUGCUUAAUGGAUGCUCAUAGUAUGGCACAAUUUAUGAAAGUAUGGUCGGAAAAACAAGACUGGCCAAAUAUUUUAUGGAUGAAUAAAGCAUUUAUUAGCUCAGAAGAAAAUUUUCGACGUCCGCUGAAUUGUAUUUUUAAUAAAAGUAAUCCAGAAAAGCAGAAUCAACAGCAACAGCAACAACUUGAAGAAAAAGAACAAAAAACAAUCAUCACAAAGGUCCACUAUUUUUCAUCUGAAGAAAUACGAACUAUAAAGAAAGAAGCAUCUCAAAGAUUGUUAUCGAAUAGAUAUAUUAGUAGUUAUGAUGCAUUAUACUCACAUUUAUGUCAUGUGAUAUCUAAAGCAACACAAACUGAUCUAGAACCAUCAUUCAAGAUCUGUCAGUUUUUCAAUGGUCGUCGUUUAUUUGAAAAAGACGAAUAUUUUGGUUCACUUGCAUUUUGGUUAUAUGAACAUGUAACCAAAUGUGCCAUCCACCAACUAUCGUUAUCGAAUUUAGCUAAUAUUAUCCAUGAUAUGCACGAGAAACAAACAAUUAAUACUUUAACUAAAUAUAAUUCUUAUUUGGAUACUGGUAUCACAAUAAGAUCAAACUAUAUUGAUGCUGAUAUUAUUAAUUCUGAUUAUCAUGCUACAUCAUGGAGAAAUUUUGGUUUUUAUAAUAUUGAUUUUGGUUAUGGGAAACCUAUGUAUACAGGGCCUACAAUACAACUAAAUCAAAGAUAUAUGACUAUCAUGGACACACUGUUGAAUGACGGAUCAAUUUAUGUUAUUCUAGGAUUAAAACAAGAAGAUUUUCAGAGAAUGAUAGAACAAAAUUUGUUGCACAAAUAUGUAUAG